AUGAGCCCAAACGGUGAUACUGAUGCCGCUGGUGCAACUGGCGCGCAACCUAGGGCACUGACUGGUCGCGAAAGGGCCAGCAGCCUACAAGGCGAAAAUUUAGAAGUCAAGGCAGAGGCGGUGCCAGGGAACACGGAGCAAAGGAUGUUGGACCUACUGACGGGACUAGCGGAGCGGAUGGCUAAGCUAGAGGCGUCACAAGGGACCAAGGACCAGCCGAUGGACAAGGAGUCCAGUGUGUUCGGGUCAGCAAUAGGCCUGGGGCAACCGAUGAAUCGGCGUGCUCUCGACGUGACACCGCCGAGGGCUCCUUCUCCACAUAUGUCGCCGGGGACGUACUUCGGAAUGAACCAACCGGGGUAUGCAAGGGCGGCUGAGAACGUCAGCCACGAUGUCCUCUGCUCAAGAUUCCGCCACCAAGAUCUCUAUCGAUAG